CCAUUAAUCCGAACAAGAAAUUGGGUUUCUUGAUUCUAUGUUUCUGAAGCUUUUCUCCACCAAAAGAAUCGAUCGUUUCGCACGAAGUGUUCAUCUGGGUAAGAAUUUCAAACACCCAAAUCCCGAAGAUAUUAUCUUUCAUUCAAUUUGUGUCAAUUUACGGCAAAGAAAAUGGAAAUCGUUGGACCAAAUCUCAUCUUCAAAUCUCACAAAUUCAUUAUUCAAUCGUGUAGUUUCAGAGUUUCGAAUGUCACCAGAUUUAGUUUUAGGGUUUUACAAAAGGGUUUUAGAUCAAAAUCGCUUUUCUCCUUCACUCCAAUCUGUUUGUAUCUUGAUUCAUGUUAUGAUUAAUUGCAAAAGAUAUGAUGAUGCUUUAGAUUUGAUGAAGAAAUUGCUGAAAUUAAUGGGUUAUUCUCAUUUAGAGGUUUUGGAGGGAUUAUGGGAUAGUUAUGAUGAUGAUAUAUCUUCUCCUGAUGUGUUUGAUUCAUUAAUUAGGGUUUGUAGUUCUUUAGAUGACACUAGUUAUGCUUAUGAAGUGAUUAUAAACUUGAAAAUCGAAAAGGGUUUUCGUGUUUCGGUUCAUGCUUGGAACAAUUUUCUGAAUCAUGUUCUGAAAUCCGAUUCGGUAGACGGGUUUUUCAGAAAGUAUGAAGAAAUGAUCUCUUAUGGGUAUGUAGAGAAUGUGUAUACAUUCAAUUUGGUUCUUUAUGCCCUUUGUAAAGAUAUGCGUUUAUACGAAGCCAUCGGUGUGUUUUACCGAAUGUUGAAAGGUGGAAUAUAUCCGAAUGUGGUUACUUUCAAUAUGAUCAUCGAUGGCGCUUGUAAAAUGGGUGAUCUUGAUUUGGGGUUAAAGUUGUUUAGGAAGAUGGGAAUGAUGUCGAUUGGGUUCAUUAGACCUAAUUCGGUCACGUUUAACUCUCUCAUUAACGGGUAUUGCAAAUUAGGAGAUAUGAAAACAGCGGAAAUCAUUAGGGAUGAAAUGACGAAAAUGGGUAUUGAACCGAAUGUAAGAACGUAUGCAACUUUAGUUGACGGGUAUUUGAGAAAAGGAUGUAUAGAAGAAGCGAUUAGAUUAUGUUCUCAUAUGGUCGAUAAAGAUUUAGUUCCCAAUGUUGUUGUUUACAAUUCUAUCAUUCAUUCGCUUUACUCUAAAGGAGACACCAUCAUGGCUUCGGUUUUCUUGUCGUAUAUGAUCAAAACCAACAUCCCGUUUGACAAAUUCACCGAUUCUAUAUUGGUUAAAGGGUUAUCAAGGAACGGGUUCUUGAAAGAAGCUCUAGAUUACCAUAAAUGGCUUGUGAGCAAGAAUCUUGAAAGUAAAGAUGGUUUCUUGGAGAAUACCCUUAUCUAUUAUCUCGUUAGAAGUGGCAAAGAUUCGAAACCGAUGAUCAAAGAAGUUCUUGACGAGAUCUCUGAUCGCGGGUUCACCCCAGAUAUCGUCACAUACGGUACUAUGAUUGAUGCAUUCUGUAAACAAGAGAGAAUGCUAGAUGCAGUUUGUGCUUAUGAAGAUAUGAUAAAGAUGGGCAAGAAACCGAACUUAAUGAUCUAUAAUUCGAUCGUAAAUGGUCUAUCGAAGAAUCUUUCUGUGGAUUUAGCCAAGAUUAUGAUGGAUGAGAUGAAGAAAGUAGGUUUAGUUGACGUUGUGAGUUUAAACAGUUUAUUAAACGGGUAUUUUGCGAAUUCGAAGGUUAACGAAGCAUUGAAUCUGUUUCUGCAAAUGCAAGAAGACGGAAGAUUAGUGAAUGUGGUUAGCUACAAUAUAAUCUUGAAGUUUGUCUGCAAAUUUGGUUCGAUUCAAGAAGCGAAGGAAGUUAUCGAGAUGAUGGUGGCUCGUGGGGUGAGUCCGGAUUCUGUUUCGUAUUCGAUUCUUGUUGGUAAUGCUUUCAGGAAGUGUAGUUUGGAGGAAGUGAUCGGAUUGCAUGACGAUAUGGUGAUCAAAGGAGUGAUUCCUGAUGAUCAAACGUACGAUUCCGCUUUCGGUUCGGUCGUUUGUGAAGAAAGUCGCGAUCUUUCUUCGGGUUCGAUUAGGGAUUGAAUGUAUAUAUAUAACUAAAAUGCAGAGAUGUAACUUUGGUUCCAUUUUAUUGAAAAAGUUUGUUUCUUUAUGGUCAAUUUGUGGGCAAAUCUUUCACCAAAAUGGUUAAUUGGGAGAUUGGUGAUGAGUAU